AUGGCUCAGACAUGGGCACUCCUUUUCUUGCUAAUCGAUCUGGUUGAAGGGCCAGCUUACAACAUGGUGAGCGUGGAGGCUGGUCAUGAGGCUGUCUUGAGUUGCCCUUACAUCUCCACGGUGUCUUUGCUAAUGGUGACAUGGAAGAUGAAAUGCAGCACUUGCUGCUUGUUGGCCUAUAGAAGUGAUCACAAUGAGACAAGGAAGUUAAACUGCAGUGAAAGGAUAAUGUGGAAAUAUUCACCUGACAGGGACCCUGCUCUUCGUAUUUACCCUGUGAACCUUGGUGAUGAGGGAACUUACACCUGUGAAAUUGCCAGCAGUGCAGGGAAUUUUCUUUUUUUCUCUUCUCUGACUGUGAUAGUCCCUCCUACAGUGACUCUGACCUGUAACAAGAGGAGGGUGGCUGUCUGUCAAGCAUCUGCUGGAAAGCCAGCUGCUGACAUCUCCUGGAUCCCUGCAAGUAAUCACAGCACCGAGGAAGAGGUUCAUCACCCCAACGGGACAGUGACCAGAGUGAGCUACAUAGGCUGGGUCAACAGCACGCCUCCCACUGUCACCUGCCUUGUUACCCACCCAGCUACAAACCUGACUCUGUCGCUAGACCUGUCAUGCACUUCCCCCAGGGUUCCCUAUCUCCUGAUAGGAGGAUCUGCAAGUGUUGCUGCUGUCAGUGGUGUGACUUUAUGCUUGAUUUUCAGGUGCAGAGCUUUCUGGUUACGUAAAUUGGCACAUGGGUCGGCAGUACCACUUGCAACUAAGAACUUCAGGUCCACACCAUCACGUGAGAAAACAGAAGCGGUCAAGCCUCCUGUCUUAUCAGACAGUAUCUAUCAGAAUUACAAUCCAAGAACGAUAUAUAUGAACUGUUAA